AUCUGAUUGCAAGCCCUUCACUUCAGCAAUGCGCCUUGGAAGAGAACUGAACCCGCCAAGUUGAUUUCCCUCAUCGACGUCGCUUCAGCGCCAUCCCCCGGGCGUUGAUUCCCGCCGGAGCUCCCACACCGGAAACCGAAGCUUGCAAGCCGACCGCUGUUGGGGUAACCUAGUGCUGGUUAUAUUAGCAGUUUCUGGGAAAAUGACGACAGUGGUGACUCCACCGGCAUUGGAAAUUUUAGUUCGAGAACCGGAUGGCUUCUCUCUGUGGAAUGGACCCCCAUUUACCAAUGAUCAACCUAGUGUGAAGCUUGAAAGAGCUCCUUGCAAGAGUGCGGGGUUUAGCGAAGAUGGCUCUAAGCUCAUGGUUAUGAAGUCUGAAUCAGUGAUUAGCAUAUACGAUUGCAGCAGCUACAAAGAAAUUAGAUCCUUCGAGGUUCCUAAUGUUCUCGCUGCCAUCCUGUCCCCUUGUGGAACUUACCUUCAAACCUUUCAGAAGUCCACGACUCCUCAGGAGAAAAAUGUUGUUCUGUGGAUAAUAGAGACUGGGGACUCUGUAUAUCAGCUGUUCCAGAAGAACAUGACUAAAACUACAUGGCCCUCAAUCCGAUUCAGUUCUGAUGAAGCUGUUGCCUGUAGACUUGCAACCAACCAGAUACAUUUUUUUGAUGCUGGUGAUCUCUCUAGAGGUAUCAUAAAUAGGCUUAGAAUUCCAGGUGUGGCUGCACUUGAGCUUUCCAAGACAACAGGUUCCCAUGUGGCAGCAUUUGUGCCCGAGUCUAAGGGUGUUCCUGCCAGUGUUCAGAUAUUUGCUUGCGCAAAAGAUUUACAAAGCCAACCUCUGGCUAGGCGAAGUUUCUUCAGGUGUUCCUCAGUGCAACUAAGUUGGAACAAUGGUUCUACUGGACUUUUGGUGGUUGUCCAGUCUGAUGUUGAUAAAACUAACCAAAGUUACUAUGGUGAAUCAAAGUUGAACUACUUGACAACGGACGGGACCCAUGAAGGGCUUGUGCCUCUUCGUAAGGAGGGACCAGUUCACGAUGUUCAGUGGUCUUAUUCUGGUUCAGAAUUUGCUGUGGUUUAUGGAUUUAUGCCGGCAAAGGCAACUGUGUUUGACAAGAAGUGCAAUCCACUCCUUGAACUUGGAACGGGCCCAUACAACACUAUUCGCUGGAACCCCAAAGGGAAGUUUUUAUGUUUGGCAGGUUUUGGUAACUUGCCAGGAGAUAUGGCAUUCUGGGACUACUUGGAGAAGAAACAACUUGGAGCAACAAAAGCUGAAUGGUCUGUAACUAGUGAAUGGUCUCCCGAUGGCCGCUAUUUCAUGACUGCGACAACAGCUCCAAGAUUGCAAGUUGACAAUGGGAUUAAGAUAUUCCAUCCCAAUGGGUCUCUGUACUACAAGAAGAUGUUCGACAAGUUGUAUCAGCUUUUUCUACAGGCUGAUUGGAAACCAGAAUCCCCCGAUCGAUUUGGGGAAAUUGCUGAACUUGUCAAGUCUGUUGGCUCUAUGAAAAUUGAAGAAAGCAAACCACAAGGACAGGCAAAAAAAUCUUCUCAAGCAGCUGCUAAACCCACAACUGCAAUUCCCCCUGCACAGAAACCUGCUGCCUACCGUCCACCACAUGCUAAGUCUGCAGCUGCUGUUCAGGCACAGCUUUUUGGAGGAAGCCCUUCAGAGCAGAUGAGCAAAAACGCAUUGAAGAAUAAGAAGAAACGGGACAAGCAAAGGGAGAAGAAGGCUGCGGAGGAUGCAUCUGCUGCUAAUGAUGCUUAAUUAGGGGAUAUCAUUGAUGCAUGAAAUGACAUGGAACAUAUCUUCUACUUUAUAUACUGAAUCCCCCAAACACCAGGCUUCUAAAGCGAUUUUUCUUGGAGCUGCUGGUCGGGUUCAUCUCCAGGGCUUCAGUUCAGAUGAUUGAAAGGCCUGGUUUCGUGGUGUAUGAUCCCAGAAUCCCAAAUUUGGAUUCUGAAGUCAUAUUUUUCUUGAGAGAUUUUACGAUGUAAUAUGAUGAAGUAUAAACAUUGUCAUUUUCUUUAUGUAAGUUAUUGCAUUGCUGCUUUGUAGCGGUAAUGGUGAUAGUCUUUGGUUUUGAGAUGACGAGACAGGUGAAUGCAGUUUUCCUCGAUAACAUGUCGAUUUUGCA